CAAGUAGCAGAAGCAGAAUUGACAAUUUAUUUCGACCACAAACAAAUCGAUAAGAAAAGGCACAGUGUGCUUCCUAGUUGUACGAUAAAAAGUGAUUUUGCAAAACGCAUUUUUUCGGUGCCCUUUUGCGCAUUUAAGCGGCCAACUAUCCGCCAUCGUAUAUAGAUUACGGAAACUCAACGAGUUAACACACUAACCUAGCGAAUUUGGUGCGUAUUUGGUGAGGUCCCAGUGUGAGACAGGAGAAAAAAAAGCCACAGGGAAGAAUACAAACAAAACAAACGCGAAACAAAAUUCUAAUCAUGAACAACAAAGGAGCCAAUGGAUAUCCUUAUGACGCCGCUCAACAAGCCGUUUAUCAGCAGUACAUGAACAGUCAGAUGCCUGUCCACGCACAGCUUCCGCCUUCGUACAACUCGGUGGUCACCAGUAUGACGCCGACGUACCCACCAUAUCCCCCUGGAAUGAUGCCGCAACCGUUUUACAGCAACAGCUGGAGCAUGAAUCCGUCCCCUCAGCCACAGUUCGCUCCACCACCGCCACCGUACGCACCGACGCAGGCCACCGUGGCCGCGAUUCCGGCCCAAACGGUCCAUCCGUCGAUGUAUCAGUAUCAGCUGGCCGCUGCCCCGCCACAGGCGCAACCCCCCCAAGUCUACCAAACUCAAAUGUAUCCAGUUCAAGGUGCCAUGUACGAUGCCGGGGCUCGUUUCGGUAAGUCAGGUGGCGCCCCAACGAUUCCGCCACCGCCGCCAGGAAUCGCCCCGAACGCGGCCCAGAUGGCCACCAUGCAGGGCCAGCCGGUGGUGAUGACGAAGAAGAAGAACAACUUUGUUCACGGUGGCAACGGGAGCGGUUACACGUUCUGGUGAAGUGUGUAAGAGGGUGCCGUGUUCCCUGUUCAGAUGAGCCUUUUGCCGGACCCGGUGGCGUGCCAUGGUGUAAGUGCGAACACCCAAACAGAACAAUAGACAAAACGAGAACUGCGACUGGUGGUAGGUAUUCACAAGGGAAUUGCAAAGCGCGUCAAGUAAUCGGCCAGAACACGAAGAAGCGAAUUUGAGCAGAAAAUUGUUACCAGAAGUUAAUAAGGCAUAGUUUUGAGGGAAGGCGAACCGCAGAAGUAACGCUGGACCAUGUAAAACACUUAAUGGCAAACAAUUAUCGUUCCAAAACCUUUCAGAAGGGCGGACAAUUUUUUUUCCUUUGUUUUUGUUCCAAAUUUUUUCUGCAAUUUUCUCCAUUUAAACAUAUUGCAACAUGUUUCCUUAUCCGAAUGAUGUUCGUUACGAAUAUCAAGUACUAUAUUUUCUUUUUAUUGUACACUAAUUUUUUUUCCGGAAGUUGACCACUCCGUUUAGUUAUUUUACUGUAUGUUCCUUUAAAUUUGAGUUUUGGUUAUUCGCGGCAAAAGUUACAGAAACAAAACUUCAAACAACGGUGUGUUCAAUUCAAUACAAUUACUGUAGAAGAUGGAGCCGAUGGAAUAACAUUCUCUACGUGCGAAAUGUAAAGCACUAUCGCUGCUAGACUGCUCAAUACAACAAAAUGACCGCGUGCGAUAGGAAAGCAGCGAAAUGAAGUUAUUAGUAAAUGGUUGAAGAAACAGAAUGAACUAAACAUAAAACUAUAGAGUGAUUAGAGUGCCCUCUCCCUUACCACGGUUAAUAAAAUCAAAUAUCUACCAAACUGCUGUCGACGGACGGACACAGGACAGUUAAUAAUGUGCGACAAUGAUCGCUGCGCAAGCGAGGCGAAUCAAUGUCGGGGGCAUAAGAACAAUAUUCUAUAUGCACGAAACAUCACGAAGUCCGAUUCGAUACAGAAAACGGGACGGAAAAACAGUUAGCGAGCGCGAAUAGUUCAACAAAUCUGCAAAAUCUACUCGUAAAAACAAAUACAAAAGUAUCAAAAACCUUAGAUCAAACAGCAACACUAUGAGCAAUCUUGAAAAGCAAACAAUACAAUUGAAGUGCAAUGUAGUAGGCCAUUAUUCGUUAAACAUUUAGAAGGGUAUCUUUUGUGGACACUAAACCUCGGUGGAAUGAAUCUUGCGAAAACGACGUGAGAAAUGAAAAGGCAUCCCGGACACGUCGGACCAAUCAUACCAAUCAUCGGACCACUUCAACACCUUUGCUGGUUACUAAAUCAACACACAUACAGACAUACGGACGCACAAUGAGAUGUUUAGAAAUGGGAUCGCGAGUAGUCAUCGGGAUCAAGUAUGCUGAGCAGGAAAUGAUUGCAUGAAAAGCGAGAACUCGUGGUGCGUAGGAAAAGUUGGUUCGAUGACGGCACAAACGGAAAUGUAAAAAAAAACGAAACCACGAAUAAGAAAAUUAACAUAAAAAACUCCCGAAAGUGAUUUAGUUUGGCUGAGAAACUUUAUUCCAAAAAAUAUAUAUACUUCUAUAUAAUGAUAUAUACUGAACCGACAAUUGGAAAAGGGAGCGAAACACGGAUCGGACGAAUCGGAAAUAUAGUCAUAUAUUGUUUAUUGCAAUACGCUCGGAUUGUGGUGUGAAGAGACGUGGAAUGGUCUAGCACAUAACCAAAAGCACAAAGAAGGGACAAAAUGGUCGACACAACUAUUUAGCGUGAGGCAUGUAUUGAUGGACGUUGCCGACAGGACACAACAGGAGAGUUAGGUAAAACGAAACGAAAAACCGGGGUUGACGUAACGAAGCAAGGACUCCGUAAUUUUGGUUUUGAUCCUGCUACGGACACUCAAAAGGCACCGAUAAAAUCAUGGACAGCAAGGCAGAGAAAGGCACAAACAGGAGGCAAGCAGACGAGGCGUGCAAAGUAUUUUUUCAGGCUGUUUGCGAUUUAUUAUUUUUUGUGUUAAAUCGUUUCGAAAUUUAUCCAACUAUAACACUCUACAUACACAUAUUGUAUCUCACAUUAAACAAAACAAGCAAAUACUACACGACGACUGUGUCACACUCUGUAGUUCUGUUCCUUCGGAAGCGAAACUGUUGUUUCGCGUGUAGGUUUUUUUGCGGACUGCGAGGAAAAAUACAAAAAAAACUGAAAAAGUAUUUCAAACCCGAAUGAAGUAUGAAUAAAGAAAAGCCGCAA